AUGUCAGUUGUUGCUAAGAAAAUCGGUGUUAUUAUGGGUUCCACAAGGAAUCCAAGAGCAUGUCCAUUAUUUACCAAUUUCAUCAUUGAUAUAAUCAAAACCACUAAUCCCAGUGCAAUCUUAGAUAAAAAGAAUAAAGUUUCAUUAGAAAUUGUCGAUUUGAAUGAUUUUGCAUUACCGAUGUUGAAUGAAACCAUACCACCUUUAUUAAUUAAAAAUUCUUCAAAUUAUGAUCAUUCACAUACAAAGAAAUGGAGUGAAAAAAUAUCAACUUUUGAUGGGUUUAUUAUUGUUUCACCACAAUAUAAUUGGGGGUAUCCAGCUGUUUUGAAAAAUGCCAUUGAUUAUCUUUGUCAUGAAUGGUUUGAAAAACCUGUUAUGAUUGUUACUUAUGGUGGAUAUGGUGGUAAUAAAUGUAAUGAACAAUUAACACAGGUAUUAAGAGAUGGUUUAAGGAUGAAAGUUACUGAUAAGACUGUUAUGUUGAAAUUCCCAUCAAGAGAAUUCGCUCUUGAAGUUGUUAGUGAUAAAUAUAUGAGCAAAUCCUUUUUAAGUGAGGGAUUGUUCAGCGAAUAUAAGGAUGAUGUCGUGAGUGCUUUCGAUGAAUUAGUUGAAAAACUGUGA